AUGGGCAGCCCUGGGAUGGUGGCUUUGGAGCCGGGUGACCUGGACUUCCAGAGGAAUCUGCCGCAGGGUGUGGAUGGCAGCAGCUUCCGAUUGGUGCAGCUGCCCAGCAAGCGAUGCUGGGAGGCGGCCAGGCAGCUCUGCCCUGCCCUGGGCCCACCGGUCCCACCGGUUCCAUCGGUUCCAAGUGGACUGCCAGAGGUGGCCAUGCAGCUGGCUUCGAAGGCCGUUGAACCCGUUGAUGAAGCAGAUGAGGUGAUUUGUGUGGAAGAUGAAGAGCCACAACCGGAAGCAUCCUUGAGAGAAGCUGUUCCGUCACUUCGAGAAGCUGCUCCUUCUCUGACUUUGGGCGAAUCUAUGCACCAAAUCGUCGAAAUUGAUCCAGAAGAGUGUCAGCAAGCUGAGUCAAUUCCGAAAGAACAGCAUUUGAGAGAGCCCGCUGGGCCACCAGCUCAAGUGAUGCCUCUUGCAGAGGAAGAGACAGUGAUGGAGGGCUUUGGAGGCCUUGGAGGGUCUGCUCAAGUUGAUCAAUUUGGCCCCCAAGCUCGGGCUGCUUUUAGACCACCCAGAGGUAGAGAAGCUGAAACAGCUGAAGCUCCCACUCUACAAGGACAGCCAUUUGCGAUGGCUCCUGUCGUCCCUGCCGCUUUUCAGGGCUGUGACGGUUCUUUGCUUGGCCCUGCUGCCAGGCACCAAUUCAAAAAACCUCGAGUGCUCGCCACACCUGCACGAGCAGUUUCGAGUUUCAACCCCAUUGGCGAAGGUGCCACAACUCUAAAUGCAGCUGCACCCAAAUUGCCUCAGAGCACUGCAGGCCUCAUUUGCUCGGCUGCAGAUUUGCUGCGUGCACACCGAGAGCGAGAGCAUCGAGGUAUGGGCACUGUGCAAUUUCCAGACUGCGAAUCAAAAAUCAGAGCGACAAGUGACAAGUCACGAGUCUCUUUACAAACAGUCGCUUUGCAGUACAUGCGCUCCAUGAGCAACAAUCUUUCUCCUGCCACUGUGAAGAACUUCGCGUUCCAGCUCUUUCAGGGAGUGCAGUUCUGCCACGCAAAUCGCAUUCUUCACCGCGACCUGAAGCCACAGAAUCUCUUGAUCGACCAGCGCCUGCGAUUGAAGAUUGCAGACUUUGGUCUCGUCAGAUGCUCAAGGCUGAUUGCAGGAGCUGAAAUGGCUCAGCAUGGCACAGCGUUUUAUUUUGGCCUGAGCACUUGA